AUGUGUGUCGCCAAUCGCGCAUUUACGUCGGUUCCCCAUAUUUCAUUCUUGUGGGAGGAUACACAAAGUGUCAUAUUUCUAUCUAUCUAUCUAUCUCAUUCUGUUCACUAUCUAUCUAUCUAUCUAUCUCAUUCUGUUCACUAUCUAUCUAUCUAUCUAUCUAUCUAUCUAUCUAUCUAUCUAUCUAUCUAUCUAUCUAUCUCAUUCUGUUCACUAUCUAUCUAUCUAUCUAUCUAUCUAUCUAUCUAUCUCAUUCUGUUCACUAUCUAUCUAUCUAUCUAUCUAUCUAUCUAUCUUUCUAUCUAUCUAUCUAUCUAUCUAUCUCAUUCUGUUCACUAUCUAUCUAUCUAUCUAUCUAUCUAUCUCUUUUCCUUAUUUAUCUACAAAAUCUUUUCAUUAUCUAUCUAUCCAUUUCAAACUUUAACUCCUCCAUCUAUCUAUCUAUUUAUUUAUCUUCACCCGUUUAUAUCUCAUACAUUGUUUAAACCUAGCCUGUUACAACAUACGGAUACAAAUAUGUAA